GUGCUGUGCCCCCCAUCCAGUCCCGGAUCACAGGAGGCUGGGAGUGUGAGAAGCAUUCUCAACCCUGGCAGGCGGCUCUGUAUCAUGACAGCAACUUCCAGUGUGGGGGCGUCCUGGUGCACCCCCAGUGGGUGCUCACAGCCACCCACUGCAAGACCAACAAUUAUCAGAUCUGGCUGGGUCUCCACAGCCUGUUUGAGGAUGAAGACACAGUCCAGUGCUUCUGGGUCACUCACAGCUUCCCACACCCUGACUUCAACCUGAGCCUUCUGGAGAACCACACCCGCCUUCCAGGAAAAGACUACAGCCACGACCUCAUGCUGCUCCGCCUAGCACAGCCCGCCCAGAUAACCAAUGCCUUGAAGGUCCUGGCCCUGCCCACCCAGGAACCCGUCCUGGGGAGCACCUGCUAUGCCUCCUGCUGGGGCAGUGUCAGCGUAUUCACGUACCCAGAUGAUCUCCAGUGUAUGGACCUCAAACUCACGUCCAGUGACCUGUGUGACACAGCCUACACUAAAAAGACUACAGAGUUCAUGGUGUGGGUUGGGCUCUUGAAGGGCAGCAAAUACUGCAUG